AUGUAGUGGAAUACUUCCAUAAGCUUGUUUUACUACUGUCUUUCCUGUAUCUCAUUGACUUGGUGUAUAUUUAGAGUUAGGAUCCACAUAGAUGUGUAUGUGUGUAAGACUAAAUAAUUUAUCAGCCAUUGAUUUCACAAAUCCAACCAUUGAAAUGAUAAUAAUAUUAGUAAUAUAUUUAUCAACGUACUAAAUAAAUAUAGAGCAAUUAUCUCAGCUGUUAGAUUUGUCAAAUCAUUGUUAAUAAAUUAUGUUGAAAUUUAUUUACUAAGGUAAAGAUAAAGCUGCAGAGUAGUCAAUGUGUACAAUGAAUUUAAAUUAAAAGAUAAAAUCAUUAAUAUGAGCAUACCAUUAAUUAGAUGAAGGGUCUUACUUCCACCUUCUAGUUUCUGACAAUUAUAGAGUUUUAAAAACCAAAAAGAAAUGGAAGAAAGAGGGUUUUCCUAUUUAGUGUUGUAUUAUAAUACAAUAUCUCCACUGGAUUUUGUUGCUGGGUCCUGGAUCAUGGAAUAGUAAUUGCUGAAGCUUCCUUUCUAUGUGAUUGACGUUGGGAGAAGAAAAGGAGUUCAGUGUCAUGUUCGUUUUAUGGAGAAUAAUUUAAGAAUUAUAUUUGUUUAGCUUGAAUAGAUAUUCUUUUAUUUAAUGUCCAAGUUUGAUUUCUUUUAAUAUUCUUCUGCAGUGCUGAUAGAUCUCAUCUGAAAAGAAAACUAGAUCUUGAAUUCCAACACAAUGACUGAGGGAAUCUACAUAUUUGUAUUCAAGAGUUACGUUUUGGCUUGGCAGACAUUUAAGAGGAUUUUAGUUGGGGAUCAAAAUAAUAGAAAGAAAGAGAGAAAAGAAUGACUUCUUUCUAAAUUUUAUUUGAACUAUGUAUAUUAGCCACUGGGAACUGGGAAGGCAAAAUUUUGAAGUUUUUCUUCUCCAUUUUAAAAAGAGAGAAAAAGAUGAUAGCUGAUGCUCGAGAAUAGGUUGUUUGAUGAUUUCGGCUGAUUUAACUUUCAAGUUGUAUUCUAUUAGCUACGCAGUUCACCUGAUGUUGCUUUAGAUAAAUGUUACUGCCAGUCCAUCUCAAUCAUCUGUAAUUGCUUGAGAAUGGCUUGCAGAUUACACAAGGCAUGUAUUUUUUUUUUUUCUUUUUCAAGAGUGGAAAUUUUCUUUUGGAAUAGAAUUGUCCGCCUGCUGAUGAUUGUUUAGAUGC